AUGCUAUACUGGGCUGCGCAACUGAUCAUCUACUCUGUCUCCUUCGGACCAGAAAUCCUCCAGGGAAGUUUCUCUCAAUAUGGAGACUUGCCCCACGAGAAGCUUCGUCAAUCUAGCGAAGCAAACCCUGAGAACGGGUUUGAUAUUCACAUGAAAAAUGCCGAGUUCUACGCUGAUCAGAUUUGCUGCGGUGUGGCUACUUCAUACAACCGGACAUGCACAUACUGGGUGGCCACAAUCUACUUUUCCCGGUAG